AUGGAUUGGCUUCAUUCGUUUCACAAUUGGUCAAAGUUAGUUAAUUCCCAAGACCUAACUACGCCGAUGAAAAAUUAUUUAAGAAAUGAUCCUUUAGAAGAUUCAAGAAUAAAAGAUUUUGAAUAUGAAAAAAGUCAAAAAGAUUUGGAUAAAGCAAUCGAAUUGGAUCCUAGUGAACUUUAUUUUCAUUGGCAACGAGGUUCACUUUUUUACGCUAGAGAGGAAUAUGAAAAAGCAAUGGAAGAGUUUACAACAUUGAAUGGAUUUAAGCCAAAACUUGUGGUUGAUAAACUUGAACAAGCUGAAGCGUUUUACAAUCGCGGGCUUUUAUAUCAAAAACUGGGCAGAAUUGAAAAUGCAAUAUUGGAUUUUGAAAAAUCCUUUAAUCUGGAUCCUAGCAAUGAUGCUGCUAAAUCCAUUAUGAAAAAACUUUCUGAAAAUAUUUAA